AUGGUUUACACUACUAGACAAAUUGGUGCUAAGAACACCUUAGACUACAAAGUUUUCAUCGAAGACGAUGGUAAAGUUGUCUCUCCAUUCCAUGAUAUUCCACUAUACGCCGACAAAGAAAACAACAUUUUCAACAUGGUCGUUGAAAUCCCACGUUGGACUAAUGCUAAAUUAGAGAUCACAAAGGAAGAACCAUUGAACCCAAUCAUUCAAGAUACUAAGAAGGGUAAAUUAAGAUUCGUUAGAAAUUGUUUCCCUCAUCAUGGUUACAUUCAUAACUACGGUGCCUUCCCACAAACUUGGGAAGAUCCAAAUGAAACCCAUGCUGAAACUAAAGCUGUCGGUGACAACGAUCCAAUUGAUGUCUUGGAAAUCGGUGAAACUAUCGCUUACACUGGUCAAGUCAAACAAGUUAAAGUCCUUGGUGUCAUGGCUUUGUUAGAUGAAGGUGAAACUGAUUGGAAAGUUAUCGCUAUUGAUAUCAACGAUCCAUUAGCUCCAAAAUUGAAUGAUAUUGAAGAUGUGGAAAAAUAUUUCCCUGGUUUAUUGAGAGCUACCAAUGAAUGGUUCAGAAUUUACAAAAUUCCAGAUGGUAAACCAGAAAAUCAAUUUGCUUUCUCUGGUGAAGCUAAAAAUAAGAAAUACGCUUUAGAUAUCAUUAGAGAAACUAACGAAUCUUGGAAACAAUUGAUCGCUGGUAAGUCUUCUGAUAGUAAGGGUAUCUCUUUGGAAAACUCCACUUUGAGUGAUUCUCCAACUUACUCAGCUACUGUUGCUGCUUCUAUCCCACCUGCUUCUCCAAAGGAAGAUGCUCCAAUUGAUAAGUCCAUUGACAAAUGGUUCUUCAUCUCUGGUUCCGCUUAA